GCUGUUGUGAUUUGGGGCCCCCUCACCUGCCACACCACCAUUAUUUCCGGCGUCUUGACCUCCGCCUGUAUAAAGACGUCAUCUUGUUGGUUUAGUGAAGUGAAUUCCCUCCUCUUCCGAGAGGCAAGUGAAGGGAGUAUAGAACCCAAACAUGACACAAGUAGGAAAACUUGAGUUAAGAUGUUGUGAUGUUGCUGUCUGUCCUCAACACACUGUCAACACAAGGCACUUGAGUUGCCUGGGAAAAAAUUGAAUGAUAAUAGAAUUUGUUGUUUAGGGAGAUGUCAUCAUGAGCUGCUUGGCACACAGCCAGAAUUGAGAAUGAAGAAAAAAAAAGUGUUUAGUUACUCCAGUCUAUUUUUAAAGUGAUUUAUUUGUUGUGAGACGGGAAUCAUUAUGAAUAGAAAGGAAUUUUACAAAAGUCAGGUACAGCUGAGUUGCUGAAGCUAUGCCAGGCCUCCGGUCGCUGGUAGCACGGAGGAGAUCAUCCCUGGCAUCUCCACCUUAUGUCUCCAGCACCAGCAACUUGCCACUCAAUUUGUCCGAUGCUUAUGUUAGUGAUGGUAAGGGUCAGAAAUCUGAAAGUAGCAGCUGCCAAACACCAGAAGAGGUGACUGCAAAUGGUGAAGAGGCAAGCCAGGAUGAUGAUGGGGGUGGCGGUAGUGAAGGGGAUGGCGGUGGUGGUGGUGAUGAUGGUGAUGUAAACAGCCAUAGCUCAGAUAAUGGUGAUUGCCAGGCACCACAACAGACAAAGGAUAGUAAUGAAGUUAAUCAGACUCAAGAAAAUACUGAUGUUGAAAAUGUAGAAAGUGAUAGGUCCAAUGAGGUAUCGGCUGCAGAUAAUGAAGAAUUAAACCAGUGCCACGAACCCGGUGAUAGAGAGAUUAAUGAAUUGGAUAAGGCAGGCAAUGUAUCAAAUGUAAGUUGUGAAUCUGUGAACAAAAAUAACGAGCCUACUGAUGUAGAGCACGUUGAAAAUGCCAACACACAAGAAUCGUCAAAUAGUAAGCAUCCAUCAGUCUCAGAAUUGUCAAAUAUGAGUAAAGUAAACCUAGAAGAAAAAGAAAAAAAUAGUGAGAAUAUUCAUGUGUCUAAUGAAGAUAAACAGGAAAUAUUGUGUGUGAAUGCUGAUUGUGAGAAGCAUGAGGAGGGAACUACUGACAGAGAUGCAGAAAAGAGCAAUGAACAGAAUGUAUCUGAUGCAAAUAAUGAAAAGAUCAUUGAUAAAGAAGGAAGUGAAAAUAAGGAAACCACUAAUGUAGAUCAUAUAGUGAAUAACAGUAAUUCUGACAUCAAUAUUAUUGAUGGGGAGGAAGUUGGAGUUAUUCAUCCUUUAGAGAAAAAAGACGACAAUUUAAAUCAAAACAAUUGUUCAAAUACUCCGAAUGAGAAAGAAGUAGCCCCACAUGAUGAAAAUGGAGAAGCCUCAAGUGAAUGUUUAUCCAUCGCAGAUUCCAAAAACCCAAAACUUAACAACGAUACUUGUGUUAGUGGUAAACAAAUUAGUAAUACUGAACAAUGUAGCAAAAGUGAAUUACUGACUAUAAAAGAAAAAUUUUGUGGAGGUGCUAAUCGUUUUGUAAAAAAGUCUGCAAUGGAGAUCGAAUCAACUCUAGCGAGUCGUGGUGUAACCAUUGUGAGGAGGAUGGUUGAUAAUGUAGAGACUGUUGGCAGGAUAAAGAAUGAAACCAAGCAAGCUACUAACAUGGCUGCUGUUGUUAAAAAUGGAUCUGUAAUUACAGCAAACCCACAAAUCACCGCACCAAGUGGAAACUUUUCAUCACAGUCAAACUCCAGACUAUCAUUGGCUAAUAAUGUCUUUAAAGGAUUUGCAUCUGUCAGCAUUCAGAGUGGGUCUUCGGUUCGACACUUUUCGGAAGGACUGAUGAGUCGCUCAGUAUCAAAAGACAUCUAUAAACCCAUCAAUUCAAGAGGGACACUUGUUCAGGGAGGUUCUAAAGCACUUUCAAACCUUAAAAAAUGUACACAGCUAAAUUUUAGGGGCAUUCCCAUACAUCCAAACUCCAAAUAUACUCCACAUACAAACUCAAAUUUAAGAUCCUUAGGAUUAAAUGACAGAGGAUUUAAAUUAGAUACUACUCUAAAAGGACUAAAUUUACACACAACAAAAGGAUUUACUGCACACUCAAAUCCCAGAGGACCUUCGUUUCAGAAUAGACUUGGAGGGACUGCUAUGCAAGCAAAUCUUAGAGCAAAUGCUAUGUCCAUAGACUCCAGUGGGCUACAUGGAGACCUGAACAAAGGAUCAAUGAGAUAUGCAAGUCCAAGAGGACCCACUAUAAAACCCAAUUCAACUGGACAAUCUCCUCAUUCUAAGUCCACUAUUUCUCCUCAUAUUAGACCAGUUACAUCACAACAGUCGAGACCUGUUGGAAAUAUGUCACAAGUUCGUUCUCUAGGAAUUCCUAAUCGCUCAAAGUCUGUUGAUGUAUCUCUGUUAUCUAAGGUUACAGAAGUAUCUUCACAGCCAAGACUUGAAAUGUCUCCAUGUGCAAAAUCCACAACAAUGGCUCCACGGGCACCAUCCACAACAAUGUCUCCACAAUCAAGACCUAACGUGAUGUCUCCCAAUAGACCUAACGUGAUGUCUCCACAAUCACAAUCUGCUAAAAUGUCUCCACAGUCUAAGAGUAUUGAUGUCUCCCCACAGUCCAGGACUAUUGACUUGCUAUCACAGAAUAAGUCUAAUGAAGUUGAUGUGUCAUUGCAUUCCAAGACAGGUGAUGCAUCCCCCAAGUCCAGAUCUGUUGGCACAGUUUUACCGCUACAGUCCAGAUCAGCUGAUUUAUCGCCAUUGUCAAUAUCUGAUCAGAUUUCUCCACAGUCAAUAAAUAAAGUGAACCAUACGGGAAUCCAUCCUCACUCAAGGUAUACAGGGAUGUCUCCCCAGUCUUUGAUGACAGAUCUUUCUCCACAGUCAAGAUCUUCUGGACUUCCUCCUCAUUCUGUCUCUGCAGUCCAUGCUACACAGUCAGUUUCUACUACCUCCACUAGACCAUCACCUCAGAUGAAUUUAAUGGGAGUCUCGGCACACUCCAGUACUAUAGGACCCCUUCCAGAAUCAAAUGAUGAGACAAUUCCACCACAUUCUAGUUCAGGGGCUCUCCUAUCUCAAACUAACUCUCUGGGAGUUCCUUCGCAUAUGGUUACUACGGGACUACCACAUAUGGUUAAUUCUGAUAGAUUUUCUGCAAGUUCUAGUUCCAGUGGGUUCCCCGUUUCAUCAGGAUUUCUUGGAAGCUCUAGCACUGAUCAAUUCCCCGCUUACAACAAUUCAGGAGAGUUUUCUCCGCACACUAAUACUACUGAAUUCCCUUCCGAAUUAAGUUCUGGAGGGUUUAACAUGCAUUCAAGUUCAGGAGGAUUUUCCACACAGUCCAAUCUAAUAGGAUUUACAACACAGACCAAUUCAUGUGGAUUUCCUCAGCACUCCAAUUCUGGAGACUAUUCUCCUCAUAAUCCUGGGGGGAUCAUUGGACAAACAAAUUCAGAGGGAUUUAGUGCACAUUCAAGUUGUGGCAGCUUCCCAGUGGCAAUGAAUUCUGGCGGCUAUCCUGCUCAUUCAAGUACUGGACAAUAUAAUACUCAAAAUAAUGCUGGUGAAUUUCGUGAAAAUUCUACAGAUAUGAUGAUGUAUUCUGCAUCAAGAGACUUCCCUAUGCAUCCAAACUCUAGAGAAUUCUCAAGCUAUAGUAGUUCUAAUAAUAUGCCAAAUAAUAUGCAGAAUUGCAGCCAAGGAAUGCCUCUAUCUUCAAACACUGGGAAUCCUUCUAUAAAUCCUAUCGUUGGAGACCAGUAUUCCCAGUCAAACUAUGGUGAAUCACUGGCUCAUCCUACCUACAGAGAGGCACCUUUGCAUUCUAGAGUCAGUCCUGGAGAAGUGCCAGUACUCCCCGAUUUCAGAGAAUCAUCCUUACGACAUGCUUACAGAGAUUCAUCUCUACCUCCCAGUUAUAAUAAUUAUAGAGAUCCUGGUUCACAGGAUAAUUCAAGAGGGUCACAAUCACACAAUUAUAGGGGCAUGCCAUUGCAUUCUAAUAUGGGUGAACUGCAGGCUCAUGUAAACACUAGAGCACAAAACUCUCAUACUAGUUUCAAAGAACAAUCUGAGCCUGCUGGAUACAGAGGACAAGAUAUUCUUAGCAACUACAUGGAAUCUUCAGCUAUUCCCAACUUCAGAGAUACAUUGGACCUUGGUAACUGUACAGAACAACCUCUUAACAAUUACAGACAAACUGUAAAUCACUCCAGUCCCAGAGAGCAAGUUCUUCCAUCUUUUGGGGAAUCUGUAACUCAUCCUAGCCCUGGAGAUCAAGUAAUUCCAAGUCCCAGAGAACAAAUGCUUCCACCCUAUGGAGAACCUGUUGGCCAUUCCAGUCCGAGAGAGCAAGCUCUACCAGGCUUUAGAGAAUCUGUAAACCAUGCUAGCCCUAGAGAUCAAGUUCUUCCCUGCUUUCAAGAAACAGUUAGCCACACCAGCCCUAGAGAGCAAGUUCUUCCCUGCUUUCAAGAAACAGUUAGCCACACCAGCCCUAGAGAGCAAGUUCUUCCUGCAUUUAGAGUAAACGGUCGACAUUCUAGUCCAAGAGAGCAAAUUCUUCCUAGUUUUCAGGAAACUCUAAAUGACACCAAUUCCAAACAGCCAUAUCUCCCAACUUUUAGAGAACCAGAUAACUACAAUACUAGUUUCAGAGAAUCCUUAAAUCACAACAGUUCUUGUGAACUAUCUGGUAACCCCAACUCUGGAGAUCUGCUGAGUUAUGGGACAAGUUGUAGACACCCAUCUAAUUCAGUUCAGGCUGAUAAACCAAGAGCUGAUAAUAGUUACAGGGAAUCCAAUACAAUUCCAAAUUUCAGAAUAAAUUCCCAGCACAUGAUUCUUGAAGAACCAUCAGUUGACCUAAAGUUUAGAGAAGAUAACCUUGUUAACACUUACAAUGAAUCAUCAGCUCUUCCAAGCUUUACUGAAUCUUUUGAACACAAUGGUUCCAAUGAAAUACAAAUUAAAACGGAAAGCAGCAGUGUAGGGCUUUCAAGUUUUAGAGAUUCUUCUCAUUACUCCACUCCUAGAAAUGUGUCUGAUUGUGGUAGCUUUAGAGAAUCCUCAUUUUCCCCAAAUUCAAGAUCACCUGUAUAUGCAAACACAAGAAAUUCCUGCGCUUCGUGGCACACUGGGGAACUGCCUGUUUAUACGGAUACAGGGGAAUCUCCUAUUUAUUUAUGCACAAAUGAUUCUAGUGAUUCUCAAGUAAGAGAAUCUGCUGGAAUUUGUAGCAGACGGGAAUCACUUGUUCAUUCCAGUUCUGUAUAUUCUUCAGCACACCCUGAUACAUGUGAGGAUUCUAAUAUCAAGACUAGAGAUUCAGGUUUUAUCUCUGGUAGUAGAGACAACUUUCUUUUAGAUAAAUCUCUAAUUCCAAGUACCGAAGAGUCACCGGUUCAUGCUGAUGUAGGAAAUUCUCCAGGUUACUCGAGUAUAAUGGAUUCUGUUGAUCAUGGUUUGAGAGAGGCUUACCACGAAUCAAGGACAGAAACAUAUGGUCACCCUGAUACAAAACCAUCUGUCCAAUCAAGUGAAGAUUUGCCACAAGGUCCGAGGGAUUUGCCUGUGAACUCUACCUCCAUCAAUUCUUUAGAUAAUCUUAGUUCUGUAGAGGAAGCAAAGUUGCCCAAUCAAGAGUCAUCAGUGGAUGUAAGCCCAAAUGAGUUCUGUGAAACUGCUGUCCUCUCAAGCCCAACAUCUCAACCUCUAAGUGAAUCUCCUGUACAUUCAAAGUGUAUUACCAGAACAUCACCAAUAGAUGAUAGUGCCAUUUUAUCUCCCAGUUGCUCUGAUUCUUUAGGGUCCCCUGAGAAGCAUACUUCAGGAAUUUCCUCUACAAAGUCUGAUUCUGGAGCUUCUCCAAGUUCUCAGGAAAGAAUAGUUAUAAAAAUGAAAUUACUUCACAGUGAAUUAGGAAGUGAGUGUAACAGACAAAGUAGAACAGAAAAUGCUGGUAUUACUGAAUUGAGAAUGGAUAGCAGAAAUUCUGUGAAAUAUCCCAUGGCAAAGUACACCCGUUGGACAAUAGACAGCAUAAUAAAUGGUAGAGAAGAUAUAUGUAGUGAAGAGGGGUCUGAUAAAGUUAGUAAAAAUGAACAAAAGCUAGUACAUGAUGAAAUAAAUCUGAAAGAAGACACUACAUUUUCUUUAGCAGUAAGCCCCAAAAGAACAAAAAGGCAAAAAAUCUCCGAGAUGUGUAAUGAGUCAAGAGAGACAAAAUUAGAUACAAAUAAAAAUUUGAUGAAAAAAACUAUUAGAAUAACGAUUGCUAAUCCAUUACGAACUAGAGUUUCGACAACAGAUAAUUGUGUAGAUAUUAAAUUAAAAGAAAGUGAACAUGAUAGCACAAUAUUGAGUUGUGAAAUAAUUCCAGAUGAAAAAAAUGAAAAUGUGCAGCCAGUUACAGUUAAUAAUGUGCGUAGGAGUUGUAGGUUAGAAAAUGAGUCUGCAAACCAAAUUAGUAUGUGUUCAACUAGAAAAUUGAGAGAUAGACACUUAAAAUUGCCAUCCCCAGCUCCAAGCAUUGAAAGUUGUGCCAGCUCAACUAGUGCCUCACGUGCAUCCUGCGACAGUAGGAGAUGUAGCCGGAGUAGUGAUACUUCAAUGUCAUCAGUGACAAGUGUGUUCAGUGAAAGUAAUGAUCAUUCAAUUGUUGCUGAUAUGAAGAAGUGUAGUAUUGUCAUUAAGCGCAUAUAUGCAACGGAUAACUAUAGCUGUUAUAGCAGCAGCUUGUGUGAUAAAAAACCUGUUUUAAACAAUCGAGAUGUACGUCCAACAAGACCAAAGCGUAAGGCAGCUGUUGAAGCCACUUUAAAAUGCCAUAAAUCUUUAAAAUCACUUGAUACAAAUGAUGCCAAAACUAAACUUCCCCAAAAUGGUGCAUUUAAUGCUGGAAAAAAUUGUGUGUCAGUGAAUGAGGAAAACAAGGCUCCUCUUAAUAAUAUACCUCAGUGCUCAGUUCUUUUGUAUGAUGUGUUCAUGAAUCGUCGCAUAAAUAAAAUGGUGUGUCCUGGCUGCUCUCGGCACUAUGAUAGCACUGACAGUGUACAAGUGAAUAUAAACAAAGCUACAAUUUCGCUGCUAUGUUCAGCAUGUCAGUGGCUGGUGGUUAAGGAUGUUCACCCACGUGAAGUUGAUUCCAUGGCCCCAAGCUGAGACAGGCUAAACCAGUUUUGUUUUUAUUUUUGACUUUAAAUUUUUAGGUGCAUGGGACUUGAGAUUCUUGAAAAUAUGUGAAUUCAUACAUGUAAAAUAAGAUGUUAUUUGUGUGGCUGCUAUAUUUUGAGCAAAUGUUUCAUUAAGUACAAGUUUGCAUUGUUUCAAAUGCAUCACCCUUAAUAAUGUGCAACUUAAAACUAUAUACUCUCAUGAAAGUAAGGCCUAGUCAGUCACAUUGUUAAUAAUGAACCUUGCUGGAUAUGCUGAUAUGUAGUUUGACUGAAGUACGCAAAUUAAGGGAUUAAGAAUUUUGAUAGCUGUGAGGAUUUAAGCUUUCUUGGUGCUUAUUUAUUGUUGUGUGGAUUUAUUAUUUUUUAAUCAUGUAUAUAAAUGAUUGGAAAGCACUCACUGCACAAGUUCACAGGCAGUCCUACUUAUGGAAUCCUGGCUUAAAUUAUUUGUUGUUUGGAUGUAAGGCUUGGUUCUUAGAGGUGCUGUUGCACAGAAUGGAACAGUGUGAGAGGUAUUUUAUGUGUAAUUACCCAAGUACUUGUAUUUUCUCUGCGCCAAGGUAAAUACCAGAUUAUUGGAAGAAGUAAUUAUGACCACAGCUAUUUUGGCCAUAAAUUACUCCAGUUUAAUAUCAUAUUAUCUUAUUCUCAAUACCUUUUUAUGCAGCAAAUGUAAUAAACAGCACUAUGUUGUGCAACUCUCAGAAACUUAUCUCAAUAAUUUAAGUGUGCUUCUCUGUUCUCUGGUUUCACAAAGAAAUAUAUGUAAAGUUUAAUUAUAGUAGAACUACAAUCCACUGUGUUAUUAGUUUAAUAUAAAAAAUUAAUUAGUCAGGAAGCUAUUAAUUCACUAGUUCUACAUGAUGACCCCGAAGGAAAGCUAGGUGCAGUCUUGUGGUAUAGUUUGAAUUUCUUAAAUGUAAAUCUUUCACAUUCAUAUGUAUAUCAGGGAAUACAUUUUUCUUUAGAGGUGCAGGUAGAUGUGUACAUUUUUCUGCAAAGGUGGAACAAAGUCUUGUCAUGCUUGCUUAUAAAACUGAUUACUGUAUUGUGUUUAUGGAGAUUAUUAUACCAGUCAAGUUGUCAAUAUUAAUUAUUGGUUAAGGUAUAGUUUUCUUUCAUCUUUUGUCUGUCUAGUGCAACAGCUGUUUAUUUUUGUAAUGUUAAUGCACUGUACAGUAUAUGUUUCAUGAGACAAUAGGGGUGCUUUAUUUUGAUACUAAAAUAUUUUUUAUUUAUUUAUUAUUGGAAUAGUUCUUCUUUACUUCUUUUCUAUGUAGAUGUAUUGUAAAAAAAGGAAUGUGAAUUUGGUGCUCAAGAGUAGUGUUAAAAAUAAAAUAUUUUAAUAAUUUAUUUGUGCAUUACUUAAAUUUAUGUUAUCUACCCAAAUAUUUGUGAUUUAAAUUUAGGAAAAGUCUAGGUUUAAAAUGAAUGCCAAGGAAGUAAAGUUAAAUAAAAAAGAAUUCCCAUAACAGUACAUGAAACCA